AUGGUAUCUGGGGUCAAGGUUUCAGAUGAAUGUGUUUAUGAAUUUAACAAACUAAAGAUUAAGCAUAUACACAAAUAUAUAAUAUAUCGUAUAGAAAAUUAUGAAGAAGUUAUUGUGGAUUUUUUAGAACAAGAUAAUUCAUUGAAAUCUUAUAAAGAUAUUAUAAUUGAUAUAAGGAAUAAUUUAAAAACAACUGAAUGUAGAUAUAUAAUUGCAGAUAUGCCUAUUCCUACACCUGAAGGUGUUUUAAGAAAUAGAAUAUAUUUUAUUUUUUGGUCACCUGAUUUAGCAAAAUCAAAAGAAAAGAUGUUAUACGCAUCGUCUAAAGAAUAUCUUGUUCGUAAAAUUAAUGGUAUUUUUAAAAGCUUAGAAAUUACAUGUGAUCUAGAGGAUUUUGAAGAUGAGUUAAGAACUAUAAUAUUAAACACAUAA